AAGGCAAGAAUCAAAACACACAAAAUUACCAAAAUUCUCUCAAGUUCAAAACUUCUCUGCGAACAUUCAAAGGACUCCACCCAUGGGAAAUACUGAGAAGCUCUUGAACCAGAUCAUGGACCUGAAAUUCACCUCCAAAUCGCUGCAACGCCAGGCCAAGAAGUGCGAGAAGGAAGAGAAAUCCGAGAAAUUGAAAGUGAAGAAGGCGAUCGAGAAAGGAAACAUGGACGGCGCUCGGAUCUACGCUGAGAACGCUAUCCGUAAGCGCACUGAGCAGAUGAACUACCUUCGUCUCGCUUCCCGACUCGAUGCUGUGGUCGCCAGGCUCGAUACCCAGGCUAAGAUGACCACUAUCAACAAGUCCAUGGGUAACAUCGUCAAGUCUCUCGAAUCUUCCCUGGCCACCGGCAAUUUGCAGAAAAUGUCGGAGACAAUGGAUAAAUUCGAGAAGCAAUUUGUGAAUAUGGAGGUCCAGGCAGAGUUUAUGGAGAGUGCUAUGUCCGGCUCUACUUCAUUGUCCACGCCAGAAGGUGAGGUCAACAGCUUGAUGCAACAAGUGGCUGAUGAUUAUGGGUUGGAGGUCUCUGUUGGGUUGCCACAGCCUGCUGCUCAUGCCGUGCCGACCAAGACGCAGGAGAAGGUUGACGAGGACGAUUUGUCGAGCCGGCUUGCAGAGCUUAAGGCUAGAGGUUAAAAAUAUUAAGGGGCGGAAUCCAUUUGAAUGCGCUUGUGAUAAGACUGAUAUUUAGGAUUAUUAUUUAUGCUUAAAGAUCUAGUUGUAUGUGUAUAUAAUUACUGAA